AAUAUUAUCCCAGGUACAAUGUGGGAGCAGAAAUAAUGGACUUCUUGAUGAUCCAGCAAACCAUGGAAUAAAUGAAUUGGUCUUGAGAGCAACUGAGCGACUGACUACUUGAUUCCCCUUUUUAUAUUAUUUUUUACCCUUCCCUGUUAUAAGCAAUUGUAGCAGUUCGUAGGAGGGGGAGGAGCACAGAAAGACGGCAGGCCAGAAUAAAGUUCAAUAACUUCGUUUAUUUUGCUCUUUUCAGACGCAAAAAUCACUCUCUCAGCCAAAGGCUUGACCUGCAGGUAUUGGGGUGCCUCCCAUGAUAGUAAUCCUGAGUGCAAGUGAAAUUCUCUGUUUGGUUGCAUUUUCCCCCUCCAAAUAACGGAAAUAAUGCAAUGGCGAGUGGGGGAGAGGAAACGAUGUGGAGUUUGCAUGUUCUCCCCGUGUCUGUGUGGGUUUCCUCCGGGUGCUCCGGUUUCCCCCACAGUCCAAAGACAUGCGGUUAGGUUAAUAUGGGACGGCCUUGGGCUGAGGUGCCCUUGAGCGAGGCACCCAACUGCUUCCCAGCGGACAACUACUCUGAAUACGGCAACCUAGUUCCAGGUGUUUACGCGCCCAACAUCUUCAGCAACAGCAAUGUAAUGGAUUUUAGCCGAGUCUUCCUCCCUACAGUCUACAGCAUUGUCUUCAUUGUGGGGUUCAUUGGCAAUGGCCUGGUGUUGUGUGUCCUGGUCAAGUAUCACAAACCAUUCAACAUGUCAGAUCUGUGCCUCUUCAACCUGGCCAUUUCAGACCUCCUCUUUCUUAUCUCAUUGCCUUUCUGGGCCGACUACGCUGCCAACUCUAAUUGGGCCUUCCCAGAGUUCAUGUGCCAAGCAGUGACAGCACUCUACAUGCUGGGCUUCUAUGGAAAUAUCUUCUUCAUGAUCCUUAUGACAGUGGACCGCUAUGCCGUCAUCGUCCACACCUCUACCUCCCUCAUCCUCAAGCACCGGUCUGUCAGAGCUAGCAUAGCACUGGCUUUGUUUGUGUGGACACUGAGCUUGGGAGUCUCUCUGCCACACAUAAUUUUUUCAAAAGUGAAUAAUACACUUGAGAAUGAAACAAAAUGCAUGUUGGAAUAUUCAGAAAGGAAAGUGUGGAAGUCAUUCCAUUACAUUGAGCUGAACAUCCUUGGUUUUAUUAUUCCUCUUUCAGUGAUGCUGUUCUGCUACUCGCGUAUCAUCCCCAUCUUAAUGACCAUGCAGUCUCAGAAGAAGCACAAAGCUGUCAGGCUCAUGGUGGUCUUGGUUACUGUUUUUUUCCUCUUCUGGACGCCCUACAACAUCGUCAUCUUCCUGAUGUUCAUGCAAGAACUGGGCUACAUGACCAGCCGUCAUUGCUACCAGGACCUGCACAUGGCUAUACAGUGGGUGGAAUGCAUAGCGUUCUGUCACUGCUGCCUCAACCCCAUAAUUUAUGCCUUUGUGGGGCAGAAAUUCAGGAAUUUAUUUUUAAAGAUCCUGAAAGAGUGGUUUCCUCUUUGCUUUGGCCAUUGCACAACAGUUGAAAGCAAGUCCUCAGAGAGGACGACCUCCAGGUACUCACGCGCCUCAAUGAUUUCCAGCACAAAGGCAAAAUUAAAAGUGUAACUGUUAUCGCUUGUUAUCCCCAAAGCCUAUUUCAGUUUGUAAAAAGACCAUAAUACUUUGAUUUUCCCUUUUUUUUUUACAGUAGGUUGGUGAUUGUUUUAUAUGGUUUAUACUUACUUUCUAUAAUUAGUUCAUUUUCAUUGCCUUUCUGGGCCGACUACGCAGCCAACACUAAUUGGGCAUUCCCAGAGUUCAUGUGCCAUGCAGUGACAGCACUCUACAUGCUGGGCUUCUAUGGAAAUAUCUUCUUCAUGAUCCUUAUGACAGUGGACCGCUAUGCCGUCAUCGUCCACACCUCUACCUCCCUCAUCCCCAAGCACUGGUCUGUCAGAGCUAGCAUAGCACUGGCUUUGUUUGUGUGGACACUGAGCUUGGUAGCCUCUCUGCCAGCCAUCAGUUUCUCAAAAGUGAAUACUAUAUCAAAUGUAUCAAAAUGCAUGGUGGAAUAUUCAAAAAGGAAAAUGUGGAAGUCAUUUCAUUACAUUGAGCUGAACAUCUUUGGUUUUAUUAUUCCUCUCUCAAUGAUGCUGUUCUGUUACUCACGCAUCAUCCCCAUCUUAAUGACCAUGCAGUCUCAGAAUAAACACAAAGCUGUCAGGCU